GUCACGUGGUACAUUUUCGAGCCUAGUACGUCAGCGAAGAUGGCGGAAAAACAAAUCGUAGCGGAGGAAGACACUGGACCUGAAGGAUGCAUUUCAGUGUCAAAGCAGACAGAGACAAUGGAGGCUCCGUCUUGGGUACCAUCUUUCUUUCAAAUAAUCAAAAGAGGCAAUGAUUACAUCUCUGGCAUUGUCCAGACAGAAGAGGAAGUGAAGAGGCUGAUUGGGAUCCAUUCAAUAGCCACUUCUACAUCUUUCUACCGAUGGUCUGACCACACAAGCAAAGGCAGAAAUGUGUGGCAGGUUGAGGACUAUGAUGAUGACACCCCUCUCGGUGUGACAAAGAGAACCAUCCUUGCUUGUCAGCAUUGCAAAGUCCCACAGAAAAAAACAAAGGAACAGCAAUCCCAGGGACAUGUCCAGCCAGCCGAUAAGUCUGACUGCCCAGCAAAACUUUGCAUUCGGCAUGUGAUAAGAUAUGACACGUUCAGUGUGAAAGGGAAUGCCACGAGAUACCAGAAAGAAGAUGCUAUGAAGAAGCUGAAGGAAGCGCUUCUCACAGGCAGCCCACCAACCUCUGCUUUUAUUCAUCUGAAGAUCCCUUUGCUAGAGGCUCACAAUCACACCAUUGAGAAAGGACCCUGCGUUUCAAGAAAACCAAUGCAUCCUGAAGUUGAAGUUAAACUACAAGAGAUGGUGGCGCAAGGCAUGACUAACAUAUCCGUCAUUAAGAGAACAUUAAAGCAGUUUGUGCUUAAUGAGUUAUGCAGGACUUCUCUAAAGACACCAAACCCUUCUCACCAGCGUUAUUUUCCAUCAAAGGAAACUAUACGAUUUCACAUCCGGAGGAGGAUGGUGGAGGGAGGAGGGGAGAGAGUGAUGGAUGAAGGGGAAGAGGGAACGAUGGAUGGAGAGGGAGAGAGGAUGUUGAAUGGAUGGGGAGAAGUUGUGUCUGAUAGUGGAGAGGAGAUGCCAGAUGGAGAAGGAGAAAGCACGCUGGAUGGAGGGGGACAUGAGGUCAGAUCUGCACAGACCGCGAUGAGAAAAGAACUGAAAAAGUUCAUGGAUGCCACCUAUUUCUGUGAUGACUUGGAGACCUUGCGAAACACGAACAUGGCACUGAAGCGCAUGAGGUUGACUUUUGAACACAGACUGAGGAAUGAACCUGGCAACGUUAAGAAAAAAAGGUUCCGGAAAAAAGAUAUCAAGGCCAUGCCAGUGAAAAAGAAAAACAAGUCAAGACCGUCCAAAAAAACGUAAACGGUGCCAAGGUAGUGUAUGUUGCAUUUUUGUUAAUGGUUAUCAGGAUGCUUACAAGGAGAGCGUACCUACAGUAGGCUACGUAUGUCUGACAAACUGACAAGCUUCGCACUUGCGAAAUACCUUUUCCACUAAACGAAGACAUUUCUUAGCAACACAGUAUACAUAAGCUGUGCCCAGACAGAAUCAACUUCUAAUCCUAACCUAUCUGUAAAGCAUUUUUUUUUAUUGGGAGAAAAAUCUGAAAUCAGAAAAAUGAUGGCAUAAGGUUUUAGAACAUAGUGUUGACCCCGCUAGAGGGAAACACGGUAAUGUACCUGUACCAUGUAUGGGCUGUAUGUCCAUGGGGACUCAGGUUCGACCCUCCUAACUUCUCUCAUAUCCUGUCAGCUCUUGCACUGUGUUGUCAUAAUAAAGGCCUAAAUGCAUCUGCCAUGUUUCUCCCUUGUUUUAUUUUUUGCAUAUCACUGUAGUUGUGUGCUUCAUUUUGCCUUUAUAAUUUAUUUGAUUAAAGAAAGGUAUAAGCCUAUGAAAAGGGACUGUAGUACACCUACUGUUGU